UCCUUUCUCUUCUCUCUGUUUUCACCUCUAUCAUUUCACAUUACACCUGCAACUGGAAACUCUCUUUUGUUCUGGUCGAAAUCCGAAAUUUAAUAUUCAAAUCAAUAUAGAAUCAACAUGGAAAAACAACUGCUUAAAGGAUCAAGUAAUAUGCAUGUCAAUCUUGAGAGCGUCAAGAUUCAUAAAGACGAUUCAGGAUCAUCUGGAGAUCAUGGGCCUUCUACAUUGCCCCCAAGCACAAGCAAAAGUACUUUUAGUAGGCUUGGAAGUAAAUUUAAAGCCUCCACCAAGGGACUUAAAGGCUAUGGUCCAAGGAGAGCCCCUGGAGCGAAAUCGGGAGCGUUUAGAGGGCUUAAGAGCGUAAAAUUUAUCGAUAAGAAAAAAAUAAAUAAAGAUGGUUGGAAAGAUGCAGAACAUCGUUUUCAUCAAAUGGCAGUUAAUGGAAAGCUCAAGAGAGAUAAAUUUGGAAUUUGUGUUGGAAUACAAGAUAACAGCGAAUUUGCAGCUGAGUUGUUUGAUGCCUUAGUGAGGCGUAGGAAUCUAGAUAUAGAGAAUGGCAUAGAUAUCGAACAAUUUAAGAUGUUCUGGGAAGACAUUGCACUUCAAGAUAGUGAUACAAGGCUUCAUAUAUUCUUCGAUAUGUGUGACAGGAAUGGGGAUGGAAAAUUAUCCGUGGACGAAGUAAAAGAGAUACUGCUGAUAAGUGCCGCGGCUAACAAACUUGGAAACUUUAAGAAACAUGCGGGACACUAUGCAGCUCUCAUCAUGGAAGAACUAGACCCAGAUCAGUUAGGAUAUAUUGAGAUGUGGCAACUUGAAGCACUAUUAAGAGGGAUAGGUCACACAUCUGGAGGAGGAAACAGCUCAGUGAGCUCAUCUAUGCAGAAAUCACAAUCACUUACAAGAACUAUGAUACCGACGAGAUAUAGAGGUAAAUUUGGUAAAUAUGGAAACUUGGCUAAGGAAAAAGCAUAUGAAAAUUGGAGGCAAAUAUGGGUAAUGUCCUUGUGGUUGCUCUUGAAUGCUAUCCUCUUUACUUGGAAGUUUAAACAAUAUGAAACGAUGCCGGGUUUUCAAGUGUGUGGCUAUUGUGUUUGUAUUGCCAAGGGGGCAGCCGAGACACUUAAGUUGAACAUGGCUCUCAUUCUGUUUCCUGUAUGCAGAAGAACACUUACUAAACUUCGUGAAACAUUUCUUGGGGCCUUUGUGCCUUUUGAUGACAACAUAAACUUCCACAAAAUCAUUGCAUUGGGGAUUGCAAUAGGGGUUCUUCUACAUACAGUGUUUCAUCUUACUUGCAAUCUUGUGAGAAUAUCAACUUGUCCGAAGCCACUGUUCAUGAGUACUCUUGGGAGUUCUUUCGACUACAAGCAGCCAUCAUAUAUGGACAUUGUAAUGACUGUUCCCGGUAUAACUGGUGUGAUUAUGCUUUGCAUUAUGGUAUUUUCAUUCACUCUCGCGACACAUUCGUUCAGGAGAAAAGUAGUGAAAUUACCAUGGAAAUUUGACCGCUUAGCGGGCUUUAAUGCCUUCUGGUAUUCACAUCAUCUUCUGAUUGUAAUCUAUAUCCUCUUCUACAUUCACGGCACCAUGUUGAUCAUUGGCAAGCAGAAGACGGUAAUGUUCAUUAGUAUCUUGCCUGAAACUCGAUAUAUCAUAAUCAUUAAUGAAGCUUAUAUCACUGAUGAUGAUUUACUCUCUAUGCAGACAUGGAUGUACAUCACGAUUCCUGUAUUGUGUUACUCAACUGAAAGAUUGUUGGUUAUGUAUGAUCUUAAUUAUGAAGUCCACAUCAUUAAGGCUGUUAUCUACACAGGAAAUGUGCUAGCAUUAUACAUGAGCAGACCUCCACCAUUCAAGUACAAGAGUGGGAUGUACCUUUUCGUUAAGUGCCCAGAUUUAUCAAAUUAUGAAUGGCAUCCCUUUUCAAUCACUUCAGCACCGGGAGAUGACUAUUUAAGUAUUCAUAUUCGUGCUCUGGGAGAUUGGACUAAUGAACUUAAAGACAGAUUUGAGAGGGUAAUACAUACUCAUUUCUUUGCUAUUGACUUGUUCAAAUCAUCUCUAGUUUCUCGAUUAUGGCCUUUAGCAUAUGCGAAUCAGAUCUGUGAAGUCCAAGACGCGAAACCAAGAGAAGGAAAUCUUGUUAGACUUGAAACUAGAACAAACGCAAGAACUUCAAAUGUAACUCCUCUGGGAAGAAUUUCAAGUGUAGCUCCUCUUGCAAGAAUGUCAAACGCAACAUUUAAUGAAAGAAGUUCAAAUGUAGAGCGACUCUCAGUCGCAUCAAUCUCAGAUGUCAUUCAAAACUCAAGAUCAAUUCAUGAACAACCAGACUUGCCAGAACCAAUUUUUCCAAAAAUUUUCAUCAAAGGACCCUACGGAGCACCAGCUCAAGACUAUAAAGAAUACGAUAUUCUUUUACUCAUUGGUUUAGGAAUAGGAGCAACUCCAUUUAUCAGCAUCCUAAAAGAUCUUUUAAACCACAUUACGCCAUCUUACAUUGAUUUGGGUUCGAAUGAAGGCAGCUUUCGCGGUAAAGUUCCAGAACGAGCAUACUUUUAUUGGAUAACAAGAGAACAAGCCUCAUUUGAAUGGUUCAAAGGCGUGAUGGACGAUGUUGCAGAACAUGAUUUUAAUCAUAUAAUUGAAAUGCAUAAUUAUCUGACUAGUGUAUAUGAAGAAGGUGAUGCACGAUCAGCACUCAUAACCAUGGUUCAGUCCUUAGAACGCGCUAAAAAAGGUGUUGACAUUGUUUCAAAUAGUAAGAUAAUAACUCAUUUUGCCAGACCUAAUUGGAGAAAGGUGUUCGAAGAAUUAUCACAACGUCAUAACAAACAUUGCAUAGGCGUGUUCUACUGUGGAAGUGCCACACUUACGAAACCACUGAGGGAUCUUUGCGAAGAAUUUACCUUGGAAACAUCAACUCGUUUUGAGUUUCACAAGGAAAACUUUUGAAUCACAAAGACAACGUCUAACACAUAGAUCUAACAAUCCUUUUCACCUUCAAUUUGAUAGUUUUUUUAGAUAAUAUUUGUA